CAGAGGCGCCGUGAGGAGCCAGCGGAGCACCGCAGGCUGGGGCGCAGCCAACGCUGCUCCCCGCACCCCCUCGCCCCUUCUCCUGCUCGCGCCCCCGGCAGCCUCCAGCGUCUGUCUCCAGGCAGCAUGGUGAGGUGUGCUCUCGGGCCCUCGCCACCAUGUACGUGAGCUACCUCCUGGACAAGGACGUGAGCAUGUACCCCAGCUCCGUGCGCCACUCGGGCAGCCUCAACCUGGCGCCGCAGAACUUCGUCAGCCCCCCGCAGUACCCGGACUACGGCGGCUACCACGUGGCGGCCGCGGCUGCAGCCGCGGCGAACUUGGACAGCGCGCAGUCCCCGGGGCCGUCCUGGCCGACCGCGUACGGCGCCCCGCUCCGCGAGGACUGGAACGGCUAUGCGCCGGGGGGUGCCGCGGCCGCCGCCAACGCCGUCGCGCACGGCCUCAACGGGGGCUCGCCGGCCGCCGCCAUGGGCUACAGCAGCCCCGCCGACUACCACCCGCAUCACCACCCGCACCACCACCCGCACCACCCGGCCGCCGCGCCUUCCUGCGCCUCCGGGUUGCUGCAAACGCUCAACCCUGGCCCGCCCGGGCCCCCAGCUACCGCUGCCGCCGAGCAGCUGUCCCCCGGCGGGCAGCGGCGGAACCUGUGCGAGUGGAUGCGGAAGCCGGCGCAGCCGUCCCUUGGAAGCCAAGUGAAAACCAGGACGAAAGACAAAUACCGCGUGGUGUACACAGACCACCAGCGGCUGGAGCUGGAGAAGGAGUUUCACUACAGCCGCUACAUCACCAUCCGCAGGAAAGCCGAGCUGGCGGCCACGCUGGGGCUCUCUGAGAGACAGGUGAAAAUCUGGUUUCAGAACCGCAGAGCCAAGGAAAGGAAAAUCAACAAGAAGAAGUUGCAGCAACAGCAGCAGCAGCAGCAGCAGCCGCCGCCGCCGCCGCCCCCACAGCAGCCGCCCCCGCCUCAGCCAGGUCCUCUGCGGAGCGUCCCGGAGCCCCUGAGCCCCGUGCCUUCCCUGCAAGGCUCCGUGCCUGGCUCGGUGCCCGGGGUCCUGGGGCCGGCCGCGGGCGUGUUGAACCCCACUGUCACCCAGUGAGCGGCAGAGCAGUUCCAGGCUGAGCCGUGAGGGGCGUGGACUCUGCUGGAAUCCUGAGAUGAGACCCCCUUCCCCGGCACCCACAAUCCGCACAGCUGCAAACCUGGCCCUCGGAGGGAAAGCGAAGGGCCGAGAGGAAAGACGGUGGUGGGCCUGGGGGACUCGAGGAAGCCGCCUUUUAGAUUUUCACGUGUCCAGUCUGGCUCUGACCCCGUGAGGAGACAGGAAAUGACCGCUGGAGCUUCUUCCGGUACUGGCAGAAGCAUUGGCUGGACUGUCUACACCGACCAGGCUCUGGGACCCCUCUUCCCUAGUUCCUCGCCCCCCAAGAUCUGCAGGCUGCGUCUCCGGUGGGAGCUGAGGCGGCGAGAGCCAGCGAGCGAGCUAGCGAGAGAGCGAGCGCGCCAGCUCGGCAUCGCAGCCCUGGGAGCCGAGAUGUCUGUCGCCUGCUCUCGGCUGGCCGAGGGAGGACCACCUGGCCCUCCUGCCUCGAGGGCAGGCAAGAUUGACACUGCAGGAGCCAGAGGCGGCUGAGAUAGGACGCUGGCCGGGCCAAGGACUGCAGAACCCGCGAGGCGGCCUGUCCUGGCUGGCGUGCGGUGCGAGGGGGUGGUCGUGGGACUCCAAGGCGCGCUCCCGCCGGGCCUUGUUUAGAAAGCCUGUCACCAGAGCUUUCUCCGGGCUGAAUGUAUGUCAGUGCCAUAAAUGCCAGAGCCAGCCUGGACUUCCUGUCAUUUCCACAAUCUCGCGGCUGAGGAAGCCAGGGCAGUUGCUGCGGCCGCCGCCACCGCUGCUGUUCGGGGCGUGAGUCUACGAAUCGUCCCAGCCAGUGUUCCAAGGGCCUCUGGAUCCAUGGGGGGAGAGAAGUGGUGAAGGAAGUUGGGG